UGCCUGCUGAUUGGUCGCAAAGGAGGACGGCAAUGGAGAACAGACUGGGGACUUUUCAAAGCAUCCUGCUGCUGUGAUUUAUGUCGCUAAAUGGUUUCUUUACAUUGACUCGUCACGGACCGUUUGAUGUGAUGUCGGGCCCGUUGGAGCGCUCUGUAGGUGAAGUCACUCCCUAGGAUGUAGCAACACUGAUAGCGCUGUCACUGAAGGUGUUGCUGUGUGAACAAUGCACGAGCGAUGUCUGAUGUUGAGGCCACGUACGCAGACUUCAUCGCCUCCGGCAGGACAGGACGCAGGAACGCCAUGCACGACAUUCUGCAGAGCCCCACAGACCCCGAGGGACGAGAAAUGCCUCUCACCCUGUCACUGUCCCAGCUGCACAUCAACGCAGGAGGGGGAGACGGAGACGACACCGAGGACAGCCAGAGCUCUUCAUCCUCGGCCCACAGGGAGGUGGAGCAGAGGAACAGCUAACCUGCCACACACACCCGCCAGCGGACCGAGAGCUGCGACAUCAUGGGUCCCAACCGCAGUCGUGAUGGUCCACAGUCGGCUGGUAGCCGGAGGGUAGCACCAUCACUGCUGAGGUGCCUGUAAACGGGGGCCCCGACCCCCUAAAAACCCACUGUAGAGGAGCUGUGAUCACCCAGUGCUCUCAUGUUCCUGUGGCUCUACUGUGCACUAGAAUAACUGACUGUUGGCAGCAGGGGUGCAACUCAGAGUUGGAGUAAGCAAAGAGACAAAUCUGUAGCUCAUGUACAGCUGAUUUUACUUUCAGUCUUAGUUACUAAACACACAGGCUGGAUGAUUGGAGCGGAUGGUGAAAAUAGACGGAGAUCCUAUGUGAGUUUUGUAGUUGUGCAGGCAAUUUGUGCGAGCGCUGAGACGUGCUGGUGUAAUGGGUCACAGUGGGAGUAGCAUAUUUGUAGUGAUGCUGAUAGAGAUUAUAUUGCCAGUUAAUGGCUUGUGCUUCCUUCAAAUUGACAAUACUGUGGAGUGAAUUGGACUACUCAUCUGUUGUAGUAGAGCUGGAAAACACCAUGAACAAAAACACUGGGACUUCUAAAGCUGCAUUCAAUGAUUCUGUUGUGUUUGAUGGACAAAAUACAGUCAUGUAAUAUUGGUUUAUACUGUUGAAAAAGCAACAGACUGGAUGACAAUGUUAUGUUGACUAACAACACUUAAUAAUAAUAAUUAAUAACAGUGAGUUCAAAAUGGAUGGCAAUGGCUCAGUGGUUUAAAAAAAAAAGAAAAGACAUUAUGAUGUGGUGUACUAUCUUUUAAUAUGUUGAUACUUUUUUUAAACUUUUCUAAUGACGCCAUUAUUAUCACAACCUUAAAGGAGUAGUUUGACAUUUUGGGACACGUGCUUACUGGUUUUCCUACCAAGAGUUAGAUGAAAAGAUCAACGCCAAUCGUAUGUAUGUAUGCUAACUAUUAGUGAAGUGACAAUGAAGCUUCGUGAAUCAUUUGCUUUAUUUUUUGAGCCCACUAGAUGGCGGUCUUGGCUUAAAAAAAGGCUCUAGUAAUGGUAUUUACUAUACCUGGCUCCGUCUGAAGGUAACAAAAUUAGCCUACCAGCAUCUCUUAAGCUCAAUAAUAUUCUGUUUUUCUUAUUUAUACUAAAUCUGACUUCUAAACAGGACAAUAAGUUAUCUUUUAUCGGGGUCAUAUGCCUAAUUUUUCUUGGUUGAGACUAUCUGCAAGGCAACCAGCGGAGCCUCUGUUUGUUUUUACACUUCAGUUUUUUUUACAGAUUAAACAAAUGAGCUAUCAAAAGUUUAUAAGUGAGUUUAUAAGAUGCUGGUAGUCAGAUUUUGUUGACUUUUGACCAAGCUAAGCUGGCUUCUCCCUUCUGUUCCAGUUUUGGCCGUCACGAUUAAAUUAACCUGAUCGUCGGCGAUAUUUCCAUUUUAAGUGCCGUUUUUCUCCCCUGAAAAAAGCCUGGUUGCUGAUUGGAUAGAAUGCUAAUUCUAUUAUUAUGCUAAACCAAGCGAGGGAGACCAUUUUUUGAAAA